UGCGGGUUGCAGUCGGAGUGGACACCUGCGGCCCACGGAGGGGACCUGGCUCGAAAACCUCCCCUGCCUCAAAAUGGGACCCUGGCUCCUACCCCAGUUCCUGUGAGCCAGCCAGUGACAGCUUCCUGUGGGGAUGCCUGGGACCCAGCAGAAAUCAGAGUCUUUGGAGAUGGACUCUGACAUGUCGCCAAGCUGCAGGCUCAGUGACUUGAGCAGAGGUGGCAGUCUGGAGAGUCGGAGCAGCAGUUCUCGGUCCAGAAGCUUCACUCUGGAUGACGAGAGCCUGAAGCACCUCACACACGAGGAAAAGGAUGUUAUCCUGUUCUUUGAAGAGACCCUUGAUUCUCUGGAAUAUGACUUUGACGAGCCAGCCCUGUGUGACAGUGGCAUUCAUUGCCACUCUCCACAGUCUCUGGAAGAGAGCCCUUCCAGUCACUCUGAACCGGAAGAUGUCAUCGAUUUAGUACAGCCGGGACCUGUGUCCAGGGAAGCUGAGAGCCUUGCAGAUGUGCCUCAAGUAGCAGGGGCCCCACCUGUUACAAAGCAGGACAAUUCUGUUCCUGGGGGUGGGAAACAAGCCGCUGAGAAUUCCCUGCCUCUAGCAGACUCCAGAGAUCCCGAAGUGUUUCCUCUGCCGCCUGUCUCUGUGCCCUCUGCCCCCCGAAAGGAGCUGAUGUCCCCCUCUCCUCCAGCAGAGCAUCCCAAACUAUCCCGCUCUGUGCCCACUCCCCUGGUGAUUGCUCAGAAAAUUUCUGAGAAGUUGGCGGGAAACGAAGCCCUGUCCCCCACCUCCCCAUCGAAGGAGGGCAGGCUUGGGGAAUGGAGGACGCCGACUUCUAUAGCCUCUCGAAAUGGGGACCAUGUUGGCUUGUGGCACCGACACACGACCCAGCCGGCACCCAAGAUCCACCGCUUCCCGAGCAACAUAAGCGUGACCAACAGCGCGGGCAAGGACUUCAACAAGACUAUCUCCAAGGCGGCUGUCAACGUGCAGGAGCGGAAGGCCCAAGUCCUGGCCAAUAUCAAUGGCAUGUCCUUCAUCACUGCAGGCGACACGUCGUCGGAAGAGCGGUGGCAGAAGGCAGAGGAGCAGAGGGGCGGCUCUGCGGAUACCCAGGGCAAGGUGGUUGUGGCCGGGGAGCUCGGGGGACCGCGUGCAGGAGGCCCAGCCAGGGCGCAGCAGUCCCGGGCUGUGCAGACUGAGCAGCCGCCGCUGGCCAACGGCUUCCAGAGCGUGCACGAGGCCCUGCGCAGCGAGCCCAGUGCCUUCGUCCCCACCAGCAAGACCAUCACCUUCCGGCCAGACCCCGCUGUAGCGGGCAAGCUUGUGCGCCAGAACGCCAGCCGCAGCCUGUAUGAGCCGCGCCUGGAUGGCCCCCAGGAUACCCGCAAACGCACAGGCUCGCUCCCCCGGGCUGCAGGCUUCCGGCCUCAGGGCAUCACAGUGCAGUUCGCAGGCCGCGGCUCCACGGAAGAAGCACGACGUGAGGCCCUGCGCAAGCUCGGGCUGCUGAAGGAGAACUUGUGAGGGCCAUGGGUGGGACUACCCGAGUGGCUAGGUAGACCUUGCAUGCCCGCACUGGGUGUCCGGUUCUAUAAGCACAGGAGCGGGGCGGCGCGAAGUGCUGCAUGUUCAGGGACGAAGUCUCUGCCCCAACCCCUGUAUCCAGUGCAGCAUGGAGUCAGAGGCCAGCGGGGCAAGGACCAGACCCCGGAGCUGCCCUCUUUCUUUGCUGGGGUUACAGAAUAACCUUUAGAACCUGUGGGCUUCCAUGGCUGCAGUUGAGCUAUGACUUACUUACACGAGGACAGCCUUGAAUUGACUUGGUCUAGGAUCUCUCAUCUGGCCCUUUAUCCCACGCGCAGGACUUGAAAGCCAGUGUAGCUCUGGCGCUCAGGAUUCUCCCUCCUCGAAAAUAAAAAAGAAAUGCUUGUUCAAUUUUCUCUAGUGUCAAUGUACACUUUGCAGUCUGUCUGCCUGUGUGGUGUUUUUAUUUUUGUUUUGUUUUUAAGGGUGGAAGAUGGUGGGAGUAAGAUUUACUGUAAUUUUGAGUUGUGAGUAAAACGGGGGUCGAAGUUGGGAAAGGCAGUAACUUUGAGAAAGCAAAUCUCGUGCAACUCUGGGAUGUGUGAAUGAGUGUGUUGUAUAUAACUAUAUGUACCUAAGCUAACGUAUGUAUGCACAUUUAUUAGUACAUAAGUAUCUACUUCCGAAGACACCAUUAUCUAACUACAGGAUAUGAGCACUUCCUUUUCUCUCAUACACCUUAGCAUUGUAAUGGGGCACUAAGAAUUCUUACUCCUAUUGUGGAAGUCGGCUAAGGAUGCAUGAACCCCAAGUACCUUUUCCUCAACAGUAUGUUCUGUUCCCAAUUAAAGUAACAUUUCCUGCUUUCAAAUAAGCAAGAUAGUUCCUGUUUUCACUUCACAACUUUUUUUUCAUUUAAAGAAAAAUUAAAAUCUUCUUUGUCCCCUUACUAGUUUUGUGUUGCCAGGCAGCUAGUAGACAGAAGGAAACGAUCUGAUUGGUUGAGUUCAUGAACAACUUCUCAGGAAUUAUCUGAAGGAGAAAACUGUGACCUCGAGUUGUGCAACAUGAAGUUUCCUUUUCUCCCAGACUUUGUCUUAGAGUUGUGGCCACAAGUGUUAUUAUCGAAACUAUUUAAGGCUGGAGUCGCAGACCUCUAAAAAUAGAUGGGGAUGGGCUGGCCUGAGAGCCACGCCCACCGGUCCUAGGCAGCUCUGUUACAGAACUCUUUUCCAGUUGAGUACUUUUGAGUCUCAGACUUCUAAACAAGCUGUUGACGGCUGUUGGAGGCCAUUUUCACUGUACUAAAAUUAACUUGUGAGUUACAUAUUGUUUCUUCAGAACCAUGGUCCAGCAACUCAACCAGCUCUUGUUCUCCUGAAGUCAUCUCGAACAUUUUUUUAGUCUUCAUUUAAAUAUGACUUUAAAUUUUAAAAAGUACCUUUAAUUUUGUUCCUACUUAUGAUGGAUUUGCUGACAGGAGCCAGGAGGUUUCCCUUUGGCAAAGUGAGAUGCCAUACACAGUGUUUAGUAAUUGAAGGUCUCGAUACAGCUGUUACAAAUAUCCUUUGUAGAGGAUUUUCCUAGAACUUUAUUGUGAAUAGAAUGAGUUUGACUGUAUAUUAAUAUAUUCUUGUAAUGACAUUUUUGAAAAACCAAUUUUUAUCUUACCUAUAAACAACUGUAUUACAUUAUGCACUAUAUUAUUUGCUUUUAAAGGGUUAUAUAUUUAUUCAUGUUUUCUUUCUAUUUAAUCCAUAAUUACAUUGACUGUUACUUUAAAUGUUUCUUGUGUCCAAAGCCCUAAUGAUUAAAGCCCCAUUUUUGUGA